UGAAAUGCAAAUGUAUCAGACAGGAUCGGUGAGUUUUAUUUGUUUAGAUCUGUAAUCGACUGAGGGAUCUUGUCGAUUAAGAGUGGAUUUAGGAUAAUCGAAUGCAGUCGUGUUUCAAACUUGCGUGGUGCACGAUGUGUUAAUCUAUAUAGUAGAAGUUAAUAACUCACUGUGGGGUAUCAACACAAACUAACCGUGCUCUAAGAAAUAGUACGCUGUAAGAAUCCUAUGAUUUUGAAAAAAUACUUUACGCCAUUACAUCUUUAUAUAAUGUGAUUUUCCCUAUAAUAACAAUUACAUGAAUUCUGUCACUUUCACCUAAUCACAAUAUGUGUUUAUCGAGAAACAAAUGGAUAAUCGAGCACAGGAUAGGUUUGAGUUGUCUUGUAAAUGUCUGGGAAGGAGUAGUCAAAUGUGAAGCAUUUGCUAGAAACGGUACCUGUGGAUAAAUGUGAAGUAAGUGCCACGUUGUGAUAUAAUGUAUCAGAGCACGUCCAGACAGCCGGAGUCAAUAAAACAACCGUGCUAUUGCCGUGAAAACACUCCAUCUUGCUUUAAAAAUACCUGCGUGACGUCGAACAUUAAUUAUGACGUCGACACGCGGUCGUCGUCAUUCAAUGACACGAGGUCAACAUGCGUUGAAACUGCUUCUGAGGCGGAAAAGUCAUCUUCAAGUCGACUUCAAUGCAGCGUUGCCAAUGUAAGACGAAAGAAGGCGAUCUUCGAAAACGCUGCUUUGCCUGAUACCGAAGUCAGUACGGUGAGACACGUUCACCGAUUGAAUCAUAGCGUAAACAGGGGCAAUAAUUACUCAGUUCAACCGAAGGUAAAUAAUUCGUUUGAUAAUGCCCGCGUUUGUCCAAAGCAGUCUUAUGAUAGUAAUCGCCACUUUUCAAUGGAAAGGAAACAUAUGCGUAUACAACAGAUGCAAGAGACUGGGUUUGAUGCACUGUCUUAUAACUCAGACACUGAACAAAUACAAAGAAAUGGUCCACACUAUCAAACACAGGAUAGACAUUCCAUUGAGACGUCUGAUAAUUCAUAUUUGAAAUUCAUCACCCCGUUAGACAACAGCAUACAUUUUCAAAAUAGCAAUGAAGGCAACGAAGAAGUACCUCGAGGCGAAAUUAAUUAUAAACGGAAGAUGCAUAAUUUAAAUCACCGUAGUUAUGAUUGUGUUGCUCAAACAAGUAGUACUUAUCGGUAUGGCAACAGCGGGACAGGUAUGUCGGGUGAUUUGUAUUAUGACACCACUAAACCGUCUAGAAAUAGAAGCAAACAGGAGAGUGCAGAUAGCAUUAAUGAUAUAGAUAAUUGUCGUACCGGUUACUGGCGUUCAUAUACAAAAUGUUCAAACAAAGAUUCAACGACCAACUUAGAAUCACAUCUUGCAUCAGAGUCAAAGACAACUACUUCUCAAACGGAUAAUUCUCAGUGCGAUGUGACGUCGUUCAACAUCACAGAUGAUCCACCGCGUCUCGCUCCCCGUACAAGGGGAGGAAAUAAUGUCAGUGAGCUAAUUCAUAACAAUAGGACACGCCAGUCGAUUAGUCAACCCUUCCCUCAGUCAACCACUCAGUCGAUGGGAAUUCUUCCAGACAAGCCGAAUAUGUCGCAAAUAAGGAACUUACAAAAUGAUGGAAGCAUUUAUCCAGCCGAAUCUGGAAAAACAUAUUAUAAAGUGAAACCUGAUGGAAGCGAUACGAUUUUAUCUGGAAAAAAAUCUGGGGGGAAUAUAAUUUUGACAGAAGUGCAGGUACACAAACCACCUGAUGCAAAAUCAGGUGUUAUUGAGGACUUACCGGAUAUUUGUGGAGACAGUUAUAUACAUAACAACGUGACUGGAAUAGAUUUAGAUGAGGAUAUUUUCGCAACUAUAAACAAUGUGAGUGCUUUCGUGACUAAGACUGGUUCAGAAAAGGGCCGUGACAUGUCGGAAUUUAAUUCCAAGAAUGUCCCUGUGAGUGACACUGUGUCAUUCGGAAAAAGAUCUAAUAAUUCAGCGGAGAACCAAACAAAGACUUGGAACGGGGUCAUGCAGGAUUUAUUCUACAAUAUGGAUAACGUGGACCUAAAAUCUGGUGAGUUCGAUACUUGA